CUUACCUUUUUUGCAAGCUAAACUCAAUAAAGAAAUAGCUUGCGUUCUUAAAAAGUUUUUAAUUUUAACAAUGGAAACACCUGAAGAUUUUGAGGCUACCCGUUCUUUGAGGAAAAGACGCGCAAUAAAGUUUUCAAAAUCUCAGCCUAGUUGUUCGCAUUAUGUCGGUUACGUAGAGGACGGAGAGAGUGUUUCCUCUAUAAUGAAAAAGUUUGAAGAACUUGAGAAAUAUAAGGAACAGUUAGCAUUAAAUAAUGAUAAGCAUAACCUUCAAACUAUUGAAAAUACUGAAACUCAUUCUCUACCCGCUUCUAACGAAAAAAUUUUAACUGAGGAGCAACUUGAAGAAAUUUUUAAAAGGACCUCAAUGUUUAGCGCUAAGUCUAUUAUUAAUAAUAAUGCAGUUAUUUUUGACUCCUGGCUGAGCGAAGACGAGGAUUUAAUAAUAGAAGCUCUGGAGCUGCCUAACGAAUCGGAUUAUGAUAAUGAUAGUGAUUAUAGCGAGGAUGAAGAUUUAUGGGACGAAGAUUACAUUUCAUAUCGCAAGAAAAGGAAAAACAGAGUUAAUAAAGGCCUUUUAUAUGACAAGAAAGAGAAACGAAAACUGUUAAGAACACAAUACUUAUUAGAACGCUCGCAUCUUCUUACUGGAGGACAGCGAGCUGCUAUCAAGCGUAGAGAGAGAUUUGUAGAUCCUCGACGGCCUACUUACGUGCGCCUUCCGGAGAUCCCUUUGCCGCUUUCUUGGUGUCCGACUAUUGAGCCGCUACAGGACAAAAGCCUGCAACUCCCUCUCUGUACUCGCUACUACGAACUUGAUCUCCACAAUAAUAUUGAUCGUCUUCAUGAACUUCUCCAUCCAGAACGUUUUGUUUGUAUAUAUAUGGAUCCUCCGCUUUCUGACGAUCUUGAUAAAUCUGGAAACACUAUAACUGUGGCCCACUUGGAACGUAUGAGACUUGACAAACUUUUGGACACUGGCUUUAUUUUUAUUUGGCUCGAAAAGCAAUUCGUUGUGCAAAUUUUCAAUCUCAUGGCCCGUUGGAACUUCCGUUACGUAGAAAACAUUUGUUGGUUGAUGAAAACAAUCGACAACAAAAUCCACAAGGAGCCGGCCCCCUACUUGUUAAAAAGCAAACUCACGUGUUACAUCUUCAGAAAGAUCGACCGAGAAAUUGAACUUCGCCAUCAGCGCAAUUGCGAUGUGGUUAUCGACUUUGUUCAGCCUAUCCUUGGGGGGUCUCCUCGCACUGACUACAGAAAGUGCUACCGGCCAGAUCACUACUUGUAUGCCACAAUCGAAACGCUUCUGCCUGACGCCCGCUGUGCGUGCAAUCGCCAAACCAACACUCCACGUGUCCACGUCGGACAAUGCCUCGAGCUAUGGUCUAGAAAAAAAUCCUAUAGACAAGGCUGGACAUCCGUAGCUUAUAUAAAGGAGACGUAAUUCUGUAGCUUUUCACACUUCAUUAUUUUUGAGGCUUACUGCGGUAACGAGAACUUUAAGCACUUAACAAUUUUUGAUUGUGAUUUGUAAAUACUUUUCAAAGG